UUUUCUGUUUUUUUGUUACUGCAGCUAAAAUAAGCUUUCAUUCAUUCAUCUUGGAUUUCCAAAGUUCUGGGCACAGUUUUAACUGUUUAUCUACUUGGUCCUGAAAAAAUGGCUAUUUCUUUAUCAUCAGCAGCAAAAGUUUGCUCUUUGAAUCCAGACCCUCCAUUUGCUGCGUCUUCAAAUUCAGCAGCAAAGCUUUCUAGCUUGUCAUCUCUGCAAUUCCCUAGAGAACUACGCCGUUUUCAUGCUGGAAACCGAGCUGUUCAGUCCAGGCAGCCCUCUCGAACUUUACAUGUGGUGAAGGCAAAGAAGCAAACAUUUUCAUCCUUUGACGAUUUACUGAAAACCGCUGACAAACCAGUGUUGGUUGAUUUCUAUGCAACCUGGUGUGGUCCAUGCCAAUUCAUGGUUCCUGUUCUGAAUGAGGUUAGUACAAGAAUGAAAGAUAAGAUCCAGGUGGUGAAGAUUGAUACUGAGAAGUAUCCGAGCAUCGCAGAUAAGUAUAGAAUUCAGGCACUCCCUACUUUUAUCAUAUUCAAGGAUGGAGAACCCCAUGAUCGUUUUGAGGGUGCACUUACAGCAGACCAACUAAUACAGCAGAUCGAGUCCUCACUGAAAGUCAAGCAGUAGCCAUGAUGCCAGAUCAAACGGUAGGGUGAUGUGGGUACCUGAGAUGCUGGAUGUUUAUAGAGCUUUAUUCAUUUGAACGAGGACUUCCAUUUUGUAUCUGGUGAUAUUCCUCAAGAAGCAAAUGGGAAUCAUCGUUUGCCCUGGGGUGUAUUCAUCAGUACUCGUAAUUUAAACUUGUUCGCUGCUGCAGAUAGAUAGAUUAAUUGAGAUUGUAAUGCAUAUGUACUGAUGAAAUUGAUCUAGAAUCUCAAAAAGUUUUCGCCAUGAUUCUUAACACCUUGGACUGUAAUUUAAGAAGCCCGUUUUAUCCAAGUACUGUCUUUUUUACUGAGA